AGUGGGUUUUCCUUUAGACAAAAAAAAAUCAAAAGUUGAAAGAGUUGGUGCUCCUUUUACAAUAAUUGAAACGUUAACAUACGAAACAACUCUUCUGAAGGAGUGAAUCCACUGUAAACAACGCCUCACAACAUCAACAGUUUCUUUCUAUACCCCUCUACACUCUCAUCAAACUCUCUAUGGCUGAACUCGUGCUUUCUUCCCUCCUCCCGAUGCUCUUUGAGAAGCUGUCCGAUGCAGCUUUCAAAACCAUUGCUCGCCACAAGGGAAUUGAUGCUGAGAUCAAGAAAUUGCAGAAGUCAUUAACCCAGAUCCAAGUUUAUCUUACUCAUGCUUCUCAGAUGGAGAUAACCGAUCCAUCUGUUAAACAACGCCUGAAUGAUCUCCAGCAUCUGGCUUAUGACAUAGAUGACGUCCUCGAUGGUUGGCUGACUGAAGCCAUGCAACGUGAGUCAACCCACGAGUCAGAAGGCAUCACCAGCAAGGUAAGAAAGCUAAUCACCCCAAGUUGUUGCACUAAUUUCUCACGGACCACUACUAUGAUUGCCGAGUUAGAUGAUAUUUCCACCAAACUACAAGAUCUAGUUAAGGAGAAAGAUAACCUUGGUUUAGAUAAUCUUGGUUUGAAAGCAGAAGAGGAAGCUAGGCCAAGAAUUGUUAAUAAUAAUAGAAGAUUGCAAACCUCUGUUGUCAACCCAUCUAGUAUUUUUGGACGCCAAGCUGAGAAAGAUGCACUGGUUCAACAGUUAUUGUUACCGGCUGAUGAACCAUGUGAUCUAAACUAUAGCAUUGUUCCCAUAGUUGGUAUGGGUGGGCUUGGAAAAACAACUCUAGCUGGGCUUUUGUAUAAUGAUGUACAAGUCAAGGACCACUUCGAAGUCAAGGCGUGGAUUUGCAUCUCAGAUGACUUUGAUAUCUCUGUUAGAAGCAAAGAGAUCUUUAUUGCUUUUGGAGGUGAGGUAAAGGAGGAACAUAAAAAUUUUAAUAAACUUCAAGAAGCUCUUAGAGAUCACCUAACACGAAAAAGAUUUUUAUUGGUGUUAGAUGAUGUGUGGAGUGAGAGUCGUGAGGAUUGGGAAACCCUCGUCAGGCCAUUUUAUACAUGUUCUCCAGGAAGUAAAAUCAUAGUAACAACACGAAAAGAUGUAUUGCUAAAAAAGCUGGGUUACAAUUCUCUAUACAAGCAUCUGGAGAGCCUGUCAGAUGAUGAUGCUUUAUCUUUGUUUGCUCUACAUGCAUUAGGCGAAAGAAAUUUUGAUUCAUGUUUGUCACUUAAACCACAUGGUGAAGGCAUUGUGAAGAAAUGUAAAAAAUUGCCUUUGGCAUUGAUCGCACUUGGUACAUCACUGAGAACAAAAAAAGAUGAAGAUUCAUGGAAGGGAGUGUUAGAAAGUGAGAUAUGGACAUCACCAGUUGAAGGUGAAGUCAUCCCAGCACUGAGACUUAGCUAUCAUGAUCUUUCGGCACCUUUGAAGCGGUUAUUUGCUUACUGCUCAUUGUUUCCCAAGGACUUCCUAUUUGACAAGGAGGAUCUGGUUUUACUAUGGAUGGCAGAAGGGUUCUUGCAGCAGGCAACUCCAAAUGGUUCAACAGAAGAACAAUGCUUGGGUCGCAAAUACUUUGGCGAGUUGUUGUCAAGGUCGUUUUUUCAACAUGCACCUAAUAAUGAAUCAUUAUUUGUGAUGCAUGACCUCAUGAAUGACUUGGCGACAUCUGUUGCUACCGAGUUUUAUUUAAGGUUAGACAACGAGUCAGAGAAGAAUAUUAAGAAGAUGAAGCUAGACAAGUACCGCCAUAUGUCAUUUGUUCGUGAGGAAUAUGUAACUUACAAGAAGCUCCAGGUACUUGAAAACACCAAAUGUCUGAGGACAUUCUUGGCAACAUCUGUUUGGGAGGUGGAAAAUUGGGUAUAUUCUUUAUCUAAUAAGGUUCUCACUGAUUUGCUUCCUGAGUUACCAUUAUUAAGGGUUCUAAGUCUGAGUGGCUUUGAAAUAAGUGAGUUACCAGAGUCCAUUGAUACAUUGAGGCACUUGAGAUAUCUUAAUCUAUCUAAAACUCGUAUCACACAUUUACCGGAAAAUGUUUGCAAUCUUGUUAAUUUACAAACAUUGAUCCUGUUUGGUUGUGAUGAAUUAACUGAGUUGCCCAACAACUUCCUAAAUCUGAAGAACCUGCAACAUCUUGACGUUAGGGACACCCUGCUUUCAUUUCAGAUGCUGUUAGAGAUUAGCAAGUUGAAAAGCCUACAAAUUACUCUCUCGAAAAUCGAUAUCGAAAGUGAAAGGGGAAUUGAAAUAGCCAAACUUAAAGACUUUAAAAAUAUAUAUGGGAAAAUUUCUGUUGUAGGUUUGGAAAAAGUGCAAAAUGCAACCUAUGCACAUGAGGCGAACUUUUCACAAAAGAAGCUUAGUGAGUUAGAGCUUGUUUGGAGUGAUGAGCUACAUGAUUCACGAAAUGAAAUGCUUGAAAAGGCGGUCCUAAAUGAGUUGAAGCCUUGUGAUGAUAAGUUAAUACAACUGCAAAUCAGGUCAUACGGGGGAAAAGAAUUUCCAAAUUGGGUUGGGGAUCCCUCGUUUCUUCAUUUGAAGCAUGUGUCAAUAAGUGGUUGUAAGAGAUGUACAUCUCUACCGCCACUUGGGCAGCUACCGUCUCUCAAGAAGUUGGUUAUAGAAGACUUAUAUGGGGUGGAAGCUGUGGGUUCUGAGUUAUUUGGGACUGGUCAAGCAUUUCCUUCACUUGAAAUUCUGAGUUUUGGUUGUAUGGAUGGAUUGAAGAAAUGGUCAGGGGGUGUGUUUCCACAUUUGCAAAAGUUGUCAAUAAGCAUGUGUCGUAAUUUGGUUGAAGUCACACUUGAAGCAUUGCCUUCAUUGAAUAUUCUUGAAAUAAAAGGUUGUGAUAAUUUGGUUGAAGUCACACUUGAAGCAUUACCUUCAUUGAGUGCUCUUGAAAUAACAUAUUGUCCUCAGUUGGUUGAAGUCACACUUGAAGCACCGCCUUCAUUAAAUGAGCUAAGCAUAGUUAAGUGUGAUAGUGGUGUGUUGAGAAGUCUGGUUGAAGUAGCAUCAGCAGUCACCAAGUUGUAUAUAUCAUAUAUUUCAGGGCUUAGUGAUGAGGUGUGGGGAGGUGUUAUAGAGUAUCUUGGGGCAGUGGAAGAAUUAAAGAUUGAGGGGUGUGAUGAAGUAAGAUACGUGGUGAAAUCAGAUGCAGAUGCAAGUAAGAUUCUUGUGACGCUGAGGAAACUGGUAGUGUUGUAUUGUGAUAAUUUGGUUAGUAUAGGAGAGAAAGAAGAGGAGGGGGAUAAUUGUAGGAGCAACCUCCUAACAUCUCUUAGGAUAUUAGGUGUGUAUGAAUGUAAGAAUAUGGAGUAUUGCAGUUGUCCAGAUGGCAUUGAGGAGUUGACUGUCUAUGGUUGUAGUUCAAUUGAAGUUGUCUCGUUUCCAAAAGGAGGACUGGAGAAGCUCAGGUCACUUACAAUCUAUAAUUGCUGGGGAGGACAAAAAAUGAUCAGCAGAUGCAGCAUGCCAAUGCUUGAAUAUGUCCACAUAUGUAAUUGGCCAAAUCUGAAAUCAAUGAUUGAAUUGAACUGCUUGGUUCACCUCACUGAAUUGAUAAUAGAACAUUGUAAAAACAUUGAGUCAUUUCCAGACACUUUAACAUCGUUAAAGAAACUGGAAAUAUUCAAUUGUCCCAAAUUGGAGGUUUCCUUUCCUGGUGGCAAUUUGACAUCAUUGAAGCAACUGAGCAUAAGAGAGUGUCCAAGAAUGGAUGCUUCUUUACCUGGUUGGGUUUGGCCUCCUAAUCUGUAAUUCUUAAAAAUUGGGGAGUUGAAGAAGCCCUUCUCCGAGUGGGGCCCACAAAAUUUUCCAACCUCACUUGUGAAACUAUCCUUAUACGGUGGUGAUGAAGAUGGAGGUCGUAGUUGUAGUCAGUUUUCUCAUAUUCUUCCUUCAUCUCUUACUUCUCUUCAAAUAAUGGGAUUUUCCAACCUCACCUCUCUCCAAUCUCUCUCUUUUGACGUAUGCUUUAAUCUGAAGAAAGUGUCUUCACAUCCCCAAUACCUCACCUCCCUCCACCAUCUCUCUUUUUACAGAUGCCCAAAGAUGAUGGAUCUACCAGAAAUGUUGUUGCCUUCACUCUUGAGUUUAAACAUCUGGUUGGGUGAUUACCCAGAAGGUUUGAAAGAAAGAUGCAGUAAAAAGGGGAGUUACUGGCCCCUCAUCUCCCAUAUCCCCUGUAUUGACAUACGAUGAAGAUUUGAUGCUGCAGGGAGCAAAAAGUAUGAGGAAACUGACCAUAAUUAUUAUAUUCAUGGCAGAUUUGAUGCUGCAGCCUGCAAACAUUUUACAGCAGGGAGCAAAAAGUUAGGCUUGACUGGAAGACUAUGAUGCUGGCUACCUUUUUCCUUUAUGGUGUCGAUACCUAUUAGCGAUUUGUGCAUAAAAGAACCAGUUGACUUGGAUUCUAUUUUGUUGGUAAUGGUUCAGACUGCAGAUUGUAUUUUCUGUGUAUACCUAUUAGCGUUGGUCAGCGGUGUGUUUUGAAUGAAAGAUCAGCUUUUCAUUGGUUU